AUGUAUACCCAGCCCUCAAUAAAGGGCUUGGUGCCGAAUGAGGUGCUCUCCGUCUCGUUCAACAAUAAUGCAUCACACUUCACCCUGGGCCUCAACUCGGGCUAUGCCGUAUUCGUGACAGAGACAUGUUCACUCCGUUCGAUCAAGGACUUUCAGGGUCCCAUAGCUCAUGUGGAAAUGAUGGGCCUGACUAACUACCUUGCCCUCGUGGGCAACGCCACUCACUCUCACUUCUCCCAGAACAAGGUCGUCUUAUGGGACGACCAGCGCGACAAACCGGGAACCUACAUCACCCUCCUCCAGCCCGUCCGUCGCGUCCUACAAGGCGAUCUCUUGGGUCAACGCCACAUCGUCGUCGUCCUCCAGGACAGUGUCAGGCUCUACACCGUCAGCAAAAGGCCCGAGUUCGUCUCCCACUACGAGACGGCCCCGAAUCUACUCGGCCUCUGCUGCAUGUCCGACCGCCUACUUGCCCUGCUGGGUAAUACCCCGGGCCACGUCCAGCUCGUCGACCGCGCCACCAGGACCGUUAACAUCAUCCCGGCUCACAACUCCCCGCUGCGCGCCCUCCACAUGAGCCGUGACGGCAAGCUCCUCGCCACCGCCAGCUACAAGGGCACCCUCAUCCGCAUCUGGUCCACUAGGACGCGCGCUCGCCUCGCCGAGCUACGCCGUGGCGUCGACCCUUCCACCAUCUUCCACCUCGCCUUUAACCCCUCCGGCACCAUGCUCGCCUGCACCUCGGACAAAUCCACUUUGCACAUUUUCGACGUGCCGCAUCCUAACAAACCGGAUCCGUCUUCAACGACGACGACCUCGACGACGGCCGCGGGCUCGAUACCUACCGCCAUCCCAGGCACGGGGACCCUCGCCAACAUGCCCGCGCCGGGCCGUCAGGACUCGACCUCUGUUGACGGGAGCAAGGACGACGGAAAAGGCAAGUGGGGGUUCCUGGGCAAGAUGCCCUUCAUGCCCCGGGUCUUCUCCGACACCUACUCCUUUGCCAGCGCCGUGUUUGAGUCCCGGACAGACGUCUCUUCAACCGCGUCGAGGCCCCAGCAGGGCGUCAUCGGCUGGAUCGACGACAGCACCUUGGUCGUGGUGGGGGCCGGCCACGAACCCAAGUGGGAGAAGUUUGUCAUCCGCAAGACCCGGGACGGCGUGGACGGGAAGCGCGAAUGCGUGCGCGAGGGGUGGAGACGGUGCUUGGGCAGUACUCGGUAG